UAAUGUCACUGUUAUGUACCAUAACCUCUUCGCCAAAUGUUAUCAAAAUUACCGAUUUAAAUUUAGAAAUUUGAUACUAUUUAUAUUAAAUACGUCGUUUUUUAUGAUACUCCUACGUAAAUUUAAUUGUGAAGUGUGAAUUUUCUUGUUUUAAUUUAAUUUUAUUAAUAGUAGUUAAAAGGGGGUCAUGAGAUUAAUUAAAAAUUUACUCCGAAAUGGUGUACAAUUCAUGCAAAGAAGGCAAAAUUCAACGUUAUCUUCACCUCAAUACCAUUUAGGUGAGAGAAAUCAAUCGUUACUAUCAAGACUUGCUUAUUACAUUGAUAACAAAUAUAAUAAUAAUGAUGAUAUUAAGAAGAACUUGAGAAUUCAUAAUUCUUCAAAACAAAUUGGUGUAGAAAAUAAUUCUUUUAAGCAGUACACUGAUGAACAACUACAGAAUGUAUUAUCUAAUUUAAAGGAAAGAAAAAUAUUUUCAAAAUCACCCGAAUUUAAAUAUGUUAUUAACAAAAUCGAUUAUGAAUGCAUGUCGAGACUUGACAAUUUAGAUCCAAAAUCUAUUUUGAAUAUUUUAAACGCCCUGGCACAAAUAGACGUUGAAUCAAUUAUGAAAUAUAAAAUUUACGAGUUUGGUCUAAAUAAUUUAAUUGAUAACAUCGAUUUUUUGAACCAAAAAGAACUGCUACAGACCAUGUUUUAUCUUAGUUUAAAAAAGAAAGAUAAAGACGUCCAAAAAGUUUUAAAAAAUUGUAUGACUGCCUUACAAAAAUAUGAUUUCAAUGAAUUAGGCAUUGAAGAACUGUGCAUUAUUUGCAACUCAACCUUUAGAACCAGUACAAAAAUAUCAAAUAAACGUAUAUUAGACAAAAUAAAUAAAACAAUAAAUGAUAAUUUAUAUAUUUUGCAUGAUCCAGCUAUUUUUGUGACUUUAAUAAAAACAUUACGACACAAUAGAAAUCAAGACAAUGAUAUUUUAUCAACAAUAGCUUGUACUAUCUUAUUUAAUAAGACUUAUAAAAAUUAUUCGUUUAUGGCAAUGUGUCAUAUAUUAGCUUUAUUUGCUGAUUACACUUAUUACGAUGAAAAUCUUUUAAGACUUUUAACAAUAUCGUGUUUAAAGGAAAUUAAUCGCGUUUCAACAAACAUUAAUGCUAUUCGUAACAAAGAUAUAACUCGAUUUUUAUGGGCAAUGAGUGUUUUAAACUAUUGCGAAGAUACUGGGUACAUAAAAAUUAUUUUACCAAUUAUAGAACAAAAAGCACUUAUGGGUUAUUAUAAAAACGACAUUGAAGAUCUUGUUGAGUUAAUGUUAUAUUUAUGGAUGUUAAAUUAUCAACCAAUCGAUUUAAUUCAACAUACUUUAACUCCAAAAACAAUAUCAUUAAUUAAAAAUCAAAAAUCUCGUACAAAAAUAAGAUUAAAUCUAUUUUUAUCUUGUUUAUAUUUCGAGAACAGACAGCUUUUUAAUGAUUUAAAUACUACAUUGGAACCAUUUCGACCGGUUCAUACAAAAUUACAUUUAGAAAGAAGACCUCAUUUUUCAUGGGUUUAUGAGAUGCUUUUAACAUUAAAAUCGGAUUUGCCCAAAAAUUUACGAUUUGAAAUUACGUAUGAAGUUCCUCAUUUAGAUAUUUGUGGCAUAACUGGAUAUAAUAAGGAAAAUAAGAAAGAAGUUUACAUUGAAGUUCUUGAUGAGACUACUUGUGUUAGGAAUAGGGAGUCUUGGCCUAAUGGACCUAUGUUUUUGAAGUUGAGACUUUUAAAAUCGUUACCAGAAGCACUUAUUGUGAUUGAUGAAGAAAUGGCAACAAAUUCGACGGAAGAAGAACUAAAAGACUUUUUAAUUCAAGAGAUUCAAUUAUUGUGUUAAAAUAAGUACAAUCAAUUAAAUAAUAAGUAGGUAAUAUAUUUAAUGGGGAUGUUUAUAGACUGGUAUUUGUGAUAUAUUUAAACAAAACAACUAUAAAUGUACAAAAAAAC